AUGAAUAAAACCGUCACAGAACAAAGCUUAAAUGGUUCAAAAACCAUUUGUUUGGACUGUGGAACGACAGACGAGCUUCAAUCAUUAAGUGUGACAGGUUUUGGAGAGAAUCUUCAGAAGAAGAACAGUCGACCGUCAGUGAAGAUCAACCGGAGAUCUCCCACCGCCUCCCACCCCCCCCCCCCCUUCAGGAUACGACGAGGCCGCUCUCUUUCCACGCAGCGCAACUCAGCAGUGGAAGAGGGACCUGAAUUAUUUCCCAACUGGAGAUCAGAGACCAGAGGACUGAUGGCCACGUCUGAACCGAGAGCCUCUGAGGGGGACCAGGACCCCAACUCCGCCAAUUUCAGACCUCCAUCCACAACCAACGAGUAUGCGUGGAUGCACGGAUGCACACGGAAACUGGGGAUGAAGAUCUGUGGGUUCCUGCAGAAGAACAACAGCCUGGACGAGAAAGGGAGGCUCGCGGACCAGAAGAACCUCCUCUCGUGCGACAACAGCGACCGGGACGCGCAGUUCCGCCCCACGGAGACCGACUUCUCCAACCUGUUCGCCAAAGACCUGCUGCCAGCCAAAAAUGGAGAGGAGCCCACCAUACAGUUUUUGCUGGAGAUAGUUGACAUCCUCACCACGUAUGUCAAGAAGACUUUUGACCGCUCCACCAAGGUGCUGGACUUCCACCACCCCCACCAGCUCCUGGAGGGCAUGGAGGGCUUCAACCUGGAGCUGUCCGACCAGCCCGAGUCCCUGGAGCAGAUCCUGGUGGACUGCAGGGACACGCUCAAAUAUGGCGUCCGGACAGGUCACCCUCGGUUCUUCAACCAGCUGUCUUCUGGUCUGGACAUCAUCGGGCUGGCCGGGGAGUGGCUCACCUCCACCGCCAACACCAACAUGUUCACCUAUGAGAUCGCUCCGGUGUUCGUGUUGAUGGAGCAGCUGACGCUGAAGAAAAUGAGAGAGAUGAUCGGCUGGCCCAACGGAGAGGGAGACGGACUCUUCUCCCCAGGGGGCGCUAUUUCCAACAUGUACAGUGUGAUGAUCGCGCGGUACAAGUAUUUCCCCGAGGUCAAGACCAAGGGCAUGUCUGCCGCUCCUCGCCUCGUCCUCUUCACGUCUGAACACAGUCACUACUCCAUAAAGAAGGCCGGCGCUGCUCUGGGCUUCGGCAGCGAGAAUGUGAUCCUGCUGAGCACAGACGAGAGGGGGAGGGUCAUUCCUGCCGAUCUGGAGGCCAAGAUCCUGGAUGCUAAACAGAAGGGCUACGUGCCGCUGUUCGUGAACGCCACCGCCGGCUCCACCGUGUACGGAGCGUUCGACCCCAUCCACGAGAUCGCCGACAUCUGCGAGAAGUACGACUUGUGGCUCCACGUGGACGGCGCGUGGGGGGGCGGACUCCUGAUGUCCAGGAAGCAUCGCCACAAGCUCAACGGAGUGGAGAGGGCCAACUCCGUCACAUGGAACCCGCACAAGAUGAUGGGCGUGCCUCUGCAGUGCUCCGCCAUCCUGGUCAGAGAGAAGGGGAUCCUGGGCGGCUGUAACUCCAUGUGCGCCGGCUACCUGUUCCAACCGGACAAACAGUACGACGUCAACUACGACACGGGGGACAAGGCCAUCCAGUGCGGCCGGCACGUCGACAUCUUCAAGUUCUGGCUCAUGUGGAAGGCCAAGGGCACCAUCGGGUUCGAGCAGCACAUCGACAGGUGUCUGGACCUGUCUCAGUACCUCUACAACAAGAUCAAGAACAGGGAGGGCUAUCAGAUGGUGUUUGACGGAGUGCCCCAGCACACCAACGUUUGCUUCUGGUUCCUCCCGCCCAGCCUGAGAGGCAUGCCCGACGGCGAGGAGCGGCGGGAAAAGCUCCACAGGGUAGCACCAACGAUCAAGGCCAUGAUGAUGGAGUCGGGGACCACCAUGGUGAGCUACCAGCCUCAGGGCAAAAAUGUCAACUUCUUCCGCAUGGUCGUGUCCAACCUGGCGACCACGCAGUCCGACAUCGACUUCCUCAUCGAUGAGAUCGAGAGGCUGGGUCAAGACCUGUAGAGCUCUCGGCCAAUCGCCGCUUCCGUGGCUCCGGGGGGGCCAAACCCGCAGUUCGCCCGAGGACAACGCCACCGGGUGAAACACGCCCGGCGCCGCAGACAGAAUGACCACGAGGUUCAGCUUCUUUGUGUCCAGUCUUUCUUUGUCUGGAGCGUCCACGCUGUUUCUCCACGUUGGCUUUGAGAGACUUUGAGUGUCUUACUGGCUCCGCCCACAUAAUUCCUCCUCUAGAAAAAAAAGAAAUAUAUAUAAAAGUACUAAGUAUCUGAAGGCUCCACGUGCAACAAACAUGCUCUAAUGUGUGUGUGUGCGCUGUGGAAUCUUGUAAUGUGUGUGUGUGUUAAAUCAAGUUAGUUGUCUAAUCUAGUUAGUCUUUUAACGUCUGUACAUACAUGUGUGUGUGUGUGUGUGUGUGUGUGUGUGUGUGUGUGUGUGUGUGUGUGUGUGUGUGUGUGUGUGUGUGUGUGUGUGUGUGUGUGUGUGUGUGUGUGUGUGUGUGAGAGGCAGAUGAAAAUAUAACAAACAAUCAUCAAACCAUUCCGCUGUGUCAGACAUUUGCUACGCAAACUUUAAUCUUUGGUGCUUUCCGCUGUGCAUAUAAUUAAUCUCAGUGCACCAAACUGAACCAGUGUCCACGCCCCUGAAGCAGCGUGUGUGUGUGUGUGUGUGUGUGCAUGCAUGCAAGUGUGCACGUGGCCCAUUUGAGUGUAUCCUGUCGUGUAUUUAAAGCUAUAUAUGUGUUGAAAAUAAGUUUAUUAUGACCUAACGUGGCACCAUGAAGCGUGUUGAGCUCACAGGUUUUAGAUCACCUGAUAUACACUCUGCUAUAUUUUCCUCCGUAAAAGUUUAAGAUUAAUAGUCAAAAUGUCCGUGGCCACUUUUAACUCGUGAAGCGCUGGCUCGUUGUCUGUUUCAUGCAAUCACGUGAUUCCCAUGUGUGUUUGUGCAAAUAUUAAUAUUGAAUUAUAUAAGAACUCAUUUUUAUUGCAUUUCCACUGUGUGCAGAUUCAGGUAUUUUAUUGUGAAAGUGUCUUUGUGUGUAUUACACGGCGAUGCACUUGUAAAUGUAACUACAGGAACUAGAGUAAAGUUUAUUUAUAGUGAUUUUGUGAGCCAAAGAAUGCAAAUCGGGAACAGAGCAAUCCAUCGUCCUUCAUAUAGAACUUCUUAUCGAUUAUAGGUGUUUGUAAAAGGUUACCUGCUGUAUUAUUGAACCUCGACUGCGAUGCAAUUUCUAUCGUGUGUUUCUUUCUGUGAUUGUGAGUCUUUUUGACCGAAUGUUUUUGAGAUAACUGACGGGCCUUCUGAUGAGAUUAAGAAUGAAGCGGAUAUUUAAUCCUCUGGCAGUCGUGCCAGUCUUUUAUUUUAAGAGAAUAGCACAAGGAUGUGAAAAUGUACUCUCCUCUUGAGACUGGGAAGAAAGUAUUGUUGUAUCUGUCUGAAUCCUAAUGCAUUUUCUGUAAUAUAGUAUAUAUUAAUUGUAAUACAUAUUACCUGUAUUCUCAGUGUCAUGGGAACUUAAUGGAAUAUUUUAAUGAAGAGUUCCUGUUUGUGUCUUUGCACAAUGUUCACCUUUAUUUCUUCCAUAAUAAAUGGACGUGUAACUAUGGCAGUAUUCAAUAAGACUUACGUUAACAAAGUAUUUAUGGUAACUAGGGACCAUAUGUGAAUGGCACAGUUGCAAAAAAACAAACAUAUUUAAGAUAAUCUGUGUGCUGUAUGUGGCCAACGACUCCUGUGUGACCAAUCGGGUGAUUUGAAUACGCCGGCUGUAAGGGAACGUUUCCCAGGGGGCACUUUACAGAAUUAUAUAUCAUUCAAAAAAGAUCUUUAAUAAAGUCUAUAAAAGGGAAA